GCUCCCCCAUGAACCAGUCUGCAGUUACAGACAGAACAAGGAACACUGUGACCUACAGGGUGACCUCCAGGAAUCAGACCUCCGUAGUACUCUUCGACAGUAAGCAUAGCUUGGUUUGCUACAGGGCCGCAGGUGAGAGAUCUUGCUUCCUGCGCAAGAUGGAUGGACAUGACUUUGAAAAUAUCCAGUCCAUUCUAAACAUGUCUGAUCCAAAGGACGAGGGGAUCCUUUUACAGCAUAACAGGACACGGUUUUACCGGGAGUUCCUCGGGAUCUUGGGAAGUCGGAAAGUCAAUUAUGAGCUUGUAGGGGAAGCAGUGCAAAUGUUGUGUGACCAGCUGCCCAUGUACUGGGUGAAGAAGAGUGAAGGUCCAGCCAGGCAACGCCUGAUUUACCUCUGCAUUGAUAUCUGUUUCCCCAAUAACAUCUGCGUCUCCGUUUGUUUCUACUAUCUGCCUGACUAAAGCAACACCACGCAGCGUUGAAGCCCUGCACCUUGUGCCCAACAUUAACCUUUCAGCAGAAGUUUGCACAUAAUUUGUAAUGUUCCCUGUAGGAGUUGUCUUGUGUGUAUUCGGUAACCUUGUGUAUCAGCCACAAUGCACAGUUCAUCCAGCCAAGCCCGCUCAUUAGAGCCUCCAUAGUAGUAACAGAAGUGCAGAGCAGUAGAGACGAGGAGAUGUCAGCCAGGCAGAGGCAACUGCAUUUUUGUACUUUGGGUUUUAACGCAAUGCAACCCCUACAACCACCUCCCUUGCUGAACUAGUGCAAAGACGAUGGGAAUUGCAGUUUUACAUUAGCCGGAGUGUGUGGCCUCUCUCCUCAACUAACCAUAGGACAUAACGGUUUUGGCACUGGCAUUUUAAGGCAUUCUUGCAACAGAGAAAUAAAGAAGAUGAGCGAAUAUAGACAGGGCUAUUCAGGGUCGGACAGGCCUAUUAGGAGACCAGGAGAUCUCCCUACUGUACGAACCAUCCCUCCAGCUCUUAUAUUUCUACCAUAGUACUGAGAAGUACAGAUAGAACUUAAUACAGUUUAUAACCCAGUCCAUCCUGAUCCAUUAGGUCUCCGCUGACACGAGGCUUCAUUUACAAACCUAGACGCUGAAUAUUGCAAGUGUAGUUCGUUUUAAGCAGUUAGAAAAUAAAAGAACUUCCAGGUUGCUCUGGGCUACUGCAUUUGCACAAUUUUGCACCAGUCCCGUGUAAAUCAGCCCCAGCAUAGAGUGAAAUAAUUGACCUCUUUUCAGUUACUGGGUUUUGUGUUUUAGAAUGGAAGACGCCAGGCCCACCUGCAGCCCGUUCCUCCUCCUACAUCUACCCCCCCCA